UGUGCAGGGUGCCAGGUGUACCACAAGUUUGUUGAUAAUCUUGGUCUAGUUGUUGAGUAUGAUCUACGAGAGGAAAAUGUGGUACAAGGAGAAAAUGUGAUUGAUACUAAUUCUGAAGAUUGAUCUGUUGUGAGAAGCAGUGUUGUCAUCACCUUCGCUAUCCUUGGCAUCACCCUUCUUUCCCUUGAGGAACCGAAUAAGGCCCGGUGUCGUCAUUCCUCAUAAGCACUUCUGAGAUCUCUGUUGGAGUCAGCAUCACCUCCUUAGGUCAAUGCUUGUUUACCAGUACACGAGAAAAUGGAAGCUGGAUGCUUCUUUACCAAUACACCAGCAUUUACAGAACCACUAGGAGCAACAGCAGCAUACUAUGUCAAAAACCAACAUGAGACGCCGGCAUGGUUUGGACUUGAAUGGUCUCUCCUACUGUUACGCGAUGAAAGUAUGCUAUCAGGAUGAAGAAUGCAUGACUGGAACAAGGAAGGAACGCAGCUUCAUGGAGUGGUUAGGGUGGGUUCCGUCAAAUGACACUGUUCUCACAGAAUCACAAGCAGGGGCCGUUGGAUGUCUGCACUUCGCAGCAGCAACAGGAUGACGAUGACGAGGAUGCCCGUGAAUGCAGGUGGCAGUGCAAAUGUGCGGUUUCCUGAAAGCGAAAAAAAAGGGUGGUGUUUCGAGUGGCCUCCAGUACAAAGACCGCACAGAGCGAGUGGAGAUUUUGGAGAAAGAAGAUUUGUCGGAGUGGGAUACGGAAGCACUGCCCGAUUCCAGAUCUGGCAGGACGCAAGGGCACUCUGGUCUGGUCUGGCAGGAUAAAUAUACGAUGAUGGUGGUGCACUGGUGCUGCGUCUUUUGCAUAUUUAUUAUGCAAAUAGCAACACUAACAUAAAAAAAAGAUAGAAAAAAGAAGAUUAAACCCAAAGUUUGGUCUCUGGUAGCCUAGUCUGCGCUGAGCUGGUAGUGGUAAAGUGAUAAAACAAGCAGUGAAAUACUAACUUUGUGCAGGACAAAAAAAAAGAUUCAAUAGCACUGGCCUGAAUGGAAAGAUGAAAAAGAUAGAAAAGAAAAGAAGAUUCAUCAGUGGUGGUGCUGGCUGCAGUAUCAAAUAUUCCCUGACCCAACAUGCUGGGCGCCCCGGAUUCCAGAACAGGCACAGUGGGCUCUCCUCCGCUACAGCAGCAGCGACAACGCACCUCCUUAUUUUCCUUUUUUUUUUUUUUUUUUUUGCCCCAACCCACCUCGUUCGGUCGCUUUUCUUUGCUAGUGGAAGUGGAUUGGUUGAUUGAUCGCACAGAAGAAGAAUUCACACCCACACACACAGACCGAGCUGCCGUCCGCUGCUCUCUCCACCCCUCCUCUCCUCGCGGAACAGGCAGGCAGGCAGGCUGGGAUUCCCCGUCCGCGGGGGGAGGUGGCAUUCGCCGCUAGGGCAGGACGGGGAAGGCUGGCGUCCGGCAUGGCGACCGAGGAGGUACUCCAUAAGGUCCAGAGUCUUAUAUUGCGCUGCCUUCAGAUGUACAUGGACCAGAAAGAAGUGGUCGAUGCCCUCUCCCACCACUCGAAGAUAGAGCCCUGCAUUACUGAACUUGUUUGGCGACAACUUGAGCAUCAAAAUCCUCUGUUUUUCAAGGCGUACUAUAUGAGACUAAUGCUUAAGAAUCAAAUAAUGGUCUUCAACAAGCUUCUUCAGGAUCAGUUUGAGGUUAUCAAUAAAGAAUUUUCUUCAGGGAUCCCUUCUAUGUCGCUUCCUAAUGGCUCUAACUCCAACCUAUUGAAGCAAAAUCCAUGCUUUUUGCCAGAGACUGCUCCUGGAUCUGCAAUGCCAGAUGGUAUAAUGCACAAUGGAAGUUCGCGUGGUAUAAUAAAUGGCACACCAUCUGGCGAUCAAUUGCUCAAUGCUAGUAAAGACUUGCAUGGCCUUCAUAAUGGAAUAGAUGCUUCGACUAGUCUGCAGUCAGACCAGAACGCAGCUGCUGUGCUGUAUGGUGUAGACAACGAGACAAGUGCAACGAUAAAGACCGAGUCUUGCUAUUCGAGCAAUGCUGAUUUUGCUUUCUGUGGGAAUACUUUCCUGGAAUCGUGCCAGUCAAUAGGCGAUGCAUCUGGUGGUGGAUCCUUCAGUAGCUCAGAGCUGAACGGGCAACCACUAAACGAUUCAAUUCUGGAUAUGGAAUCAUCGUCAUUUAGCUUCUUGAACCAAAUGCCCCAAAGCUUCAUCUUUCCGGACUUGGGAGACGAUUUCAACCAAAGUGCAGAGAUAACACAAUUUCUCACCCCGGAAACAAAUUUCUCCGAUUCGACAGGGGGAGACCAUACAGGUUGAGCGGGGUCAUGCACAGCGCACCAACCAUUUGUACAUACGCUCAUGGGCAGUCAAACCUGCACUGAUGAAGAGCUUGAGGACCUUUUGAUCUAGCUGUUUCUUUUUUCUACUCUUCUCGUCUUAUAUUGUGGUAGUUUAUGGGUUGGUCUUCUGGUAUGCCCUGCGAUGGCGUCGUUAUCGUGCCUUGUACAUUGCCGUGCUUGUGUAAGAAACAUUAGGAGCGGCGUUGUUCGCGUCAGCAUUGAUUUGGCUAAUUCCUCCGCUUGGCUUGGCUUGUACAACGAAUUUUAUCAAAAUAUUAACUGGAUUCUGAAAUCGAGAUUUUCGACCAUCGGUUUGUGCUA